AUGAUGCUAAAAAACACCAUAAAUCCCAAGCCACAAUGCUAUCAAAUAUACCAAGGUCCAAUGCAAACACCUGUCUGUGCAACGUUUUCUCAACCAACGGUGACAACCGGCAUGGUAUAUCAAAAGCCAGAACAGCCAAAGCUAAGCCCUGAUCUCGUAAGACUGAUUCAGUCGAUUCCAGGUGCCUCGGAGAAGUUGACGAGCUUCUUGGAAUAUAAAGGAAUAACCCAGCCAUGGCCUGAAAUAUUUGACUUUGGGUCUGACAAGAGCUAUGGUUUGCCAGCGCCAGAACCUAUGUUUGCAAAAAUUCAGUCUCUGCUAAAUGUCCUCGAGGACAUAAAAGAGCUUCUAUCCAACGAACUGUUCAAAGUAGAGACAUACAUUAGCAGAGGAAAAGGCCAUCUCUGUGAAAGCAUCAAGAAGCUUAGGAGAUACGAUGGAAUAUUGAAGAAAUAUCUAAAAAAGAUAUCGUCUGCUAAAACUACAAAGUCCAAGCACAACUACGCUACCAAGUACACAAGCUUUAGUGAAAAGGCACAUGAGGAGGCAAAGUCCUAUUAUGAAACAAAGAAGUGGUUACAGACGAUAGUAGCACUGUUUAGGUCUCUUAUCUAG